ACAAAAGCGAUUGAGUUAGCUACGGUAAGAGUGUAAACUAAGAAUGGACAGAGUCGUAUUUUGGAUCUUAUCAGCGGUCAUACCGCCGGUCUUUGGUCUCUAUCACCUCUAUUCUUGUUCUGAUUCGCGAAGGCGUUACUUGGCACUCUGUCCUAUCUUUUUGGUUUCCACUGCAGCUGUAUGUAACAAUCUUUAUCAUUUCACUUUCAACCAUGAAGACUACAAUCAAGAGUGGCCAGCGAAGUUUGCUUCCGCACACAAUGCUUGCUUGGGAGUCAUACUAACAUGGGCAAUGAUUGUAAGAUGGUCACUACCAUGCCAUGCUCUCAGGAAAUGCAGGUUAUACGGUCAACGGUUUCUUGUUAUUGUCUUGAGUUUGUGUGUGGUUGGCGCCAAGGCUGCAGGGGUGCUCUCUUGGGGUUGGUCUAUUACAAUGCAAAUGACAGCAGCCAUGGUGUUGGUGUUGUGGGACGUUCUAGACAGCUUGAAUGUUUCUGUUAAAGUGCAUUGCAUCUGUAUGGACGUACUAUAUAUCGUCUCGGCUGUGAUGAUUAUGACAAUUGAAAUGGUCGUGUCGGAUUUUGAUGGAAAACUGUGUGCGCUCAGAGUAUUUUCUCUGUUGAUGUACGCAAUGUACUACAUUAAUGUGCUUACAAAGGCCAUCUCUAAAAAGAUUGACUUUCUACCAAAAUAAUUUUUAUUUUUUCUGUAAGUAAAUUUGCAAGGCAAUGACUUAAAUACUGACUGUAAAGCUAAUUAUUGCAAUCAGUUGGUGGUUUGCUGCCACCUCAGUUUUUUGGUGAUAUUUCAUGUGCUAUACUUUGCGGUUGUUUAUG